UUAGAUCAUAUAUGCAUAUGAGCAUCUUGCACACUGCAAGUGAAGUUUGACUGAAAAUGCCUCGCAAGUGUCUGCAUCUAAUCGCAGGGGACCACCUGUUUGGAAGGUCUAAUGGACAGCCUAUCAGUCCAGGAAAAUUAAGAAUGCUUUUACACUACAUUUUGCUGAGGUCUACGGUGAUCGAUCUGGAUCCCUUUUUCCUAACGUGAUGAAAGCACUUUAAGGUUGUCAAGCCCAGUGGGGAUUGAAUUUUUUAAACUUUAUAUUACUUUAUAAUUUUACUUUAUAAUUUUACCUUAUUUGAAUCAUUUACUUUUCCUUUGGAAUUGCUUAAAACAAUAUAAGCACCCCAAGCACUUCUGAACCAUUCCCAUUUGAGAUAGGGACUAAACAAGGCUGACCACUCUCCCCACUCUUGUUUUCCAUGAGUCAUCAUGCUAGCAGAGAUAAUUAGAAAAGAUAAGGACAUAACAGAGAUCACCAUAAACCAACAGAAAUUUUAACUUUUUAUAUUUGCAUAUUUAACAGCUUUGGUAGUGAUUCUCGGAUGUUUCUUGAAUAUCAGAUAACACUGUUGUUUUACUCAAAAUAUUCAGGGUUUAAUAUGUACUUUUAGAAAAAAGAUUAUACCAAUCAAGAUUAACGUAGAAGACGUCCCUAAAUCCCUGAAUGUAGGACCUCCCAACAAAGUAUCUGCUAAUGACAGAGAAAGAGAUUCUGCAUGACAGUGAAAAUAUCAGGCGAUGGACUUUUGGUAAAAAGGACCCGAGCAAAAUGAACCGAACGAUAUUGAUGAUGGGAGAAACAGGAUCAGGAAAAUCAACCCUCAUCAAUGUGAUGGUGAACUACAUCCUUGGCGUAGAGUGGGAGGAUAAAUACAGAUUUGAAAUCAUUGCCGAUGAGAGUAAAAGUCAAACUAGUUCACAAACAACCGCCAUCACUGUGUAUGAGAUCUUUGGUCACGAAGGUGAUCACAUUCCAUUUUCUCUAACCAUCAUCGACACUCCAGGAUUUGGUGACACAAGUGAAAUAGAACAAGACAAACUCAUCACAAAAAAUCUACAGGAGCUGUUUCAAUCUCCAAAAGGAGUCCACCACAUUGAUGCAGUGUGCUUUGUUGUAAAAGCUGCACAAGUGCGCCUCACACCUACACAGCGGUACAUUUUUGAUUCUGUCCUCUCAAUUUUUGGAAAGGACAUAGAAAAUAACAUUGUGGCACUCAGUACUUUUGCAGACAGUGGGGAGCCUUUAGUCCUUCAAGCACUGGUAAUGGCAGAAGUUCCAUGUGUCAGAAAUGAAAUUGGUACACCUGUUUACUUCAAAUUCAACAAUGUGUUUGCUGGUUUACAAAUGGAUGAAGAUGAUGAAGAACAUAACGAUGAAGAGGAUGAGGAGGAGGAAAAUGAUGAGGUGUGUCAAUCAUCUUGGAAAAUGAGCAUGAAAAACAUGGCCAUGUUUUUUGAAUCACUAAAUACAAUGGAAGCAAAAAGCUUGGUAUUAUCACGUCAAGUUUUAGAGAAACGCAAACAACUGGAAAUGGAAAUCCAGACAUUAACAAAGCAGCUACAAGUUGCAAUGCAGCGGGUAGAAGCACUGAGGAGGGUCAGAGACCAAUUAGAACAACAUGAAGAGGACAUGGAAGCCAACAGAAACUUCUCCAUUCUUUUAGAUGGAAGUGUGAAGGAGAAAUGUGCCGUAAAAAAGAAGGCAACAAAUUGUAAUUCUUGCAGGGAAACUUGCCAUCACCCUUGCAGAGAAUAUUUUGGGUGUACACGCAUGCAGCAAGACAGAUGCACCGUCUGCAUAAAGAAAUGCAGCUGGAACGAUCAUUGUAAAGAGAAGUUCAUUUAUGUCUUUAAAACAGAAGAAGGUGAAUCAACAUACCUGGACCUAAAGAGAAAGUAUGAAGAAUUGGAAGGGCAAUCGCUGACAGCAAAGAUGUUCGUCGUCCUCCUUAUAAAAGAACUUCACCUGCAACUCAUUGCCAGCUUCAUCUUGAUUCUUAAAAUACUCACCAUUGUUCAAAAGCUGGAUGAGAUCGCUCUGAGACCAAAUCCAAUGAGUGCAGCCAAAUACCUUGAACUCCUGAUUGAAAAAGCACAAAGGGAUCACAACCCCGAGAGAGUCAAGACACUGACAGAUAUGAAAGAGCAAGAAAAGCUUUAGAGUAACUUCGCCAAUCUGGUUGAUGAAUAAAGGUGUAUCCUGUCAAUAACCACCACAGGAAGAGUUGAGAGUUAAGUCUACAUAAUAAAUAAUUAUUAAGACAUGUUUAUAGUGCUAAUGUCAAAUGAAAUGUACAAUUACAUAGUGGGGCCAUCCAUUCAUUGGAUCCUCUGCUCAAAGUACAAUUGAUAUGAGUGUGUAUAGUUUAAAAAAUGAUACAUUUUCAUUACUCUUGUAAAUUUUCUGUAAUGUGUGAAAUAUUUUUGUUGUUUGAUAAUCCAUUGAUACUUUUAUUCUAUUGACAUAAUAUUUGUUAGAAAAAUAUUUUGUCUGGCUUCCGGUUUAGCAUGUGAAUGGAGAAGAAUCUCGUGGACGUGGCUCCUAUGCAUUAGUUAAUUUUGCCAAAUUUGACUUUGCAUUCCACUUUCUUACAUAUCAGAUUUGAUUGGCGAGUUCAUAAGUUACCUUUUUGACGCAAAUGUCACACGACUUGAGGAGCAGAAGACCUGUAACUAACGUUUCAACCGCGAUGGCAAAUGUGAAUGGUAAUGGUGCUGACUCCAGUCGAUAAUGGUAAUGGCGCCAACUCCAGUCUGGAAGUAGUCUUACCAGGACUCAUAUCACAGGAACAGACCGGCUUUAUAAAGGACAGGUAUUCAUUUUUUAACAUUCAGACGCUGUUUAACAUUAUCUAUUCUAAACAAUUCUCCAACUCCCCUGUGGUGGUAACUCCCUAGACGUCCAUUCAACCAAAUUGAAUGGGAGUAGCUAUUUGCUGUUCUUAGAACAUUUGGAUUUGGGGAAAAAUGUAGCUCAUGGAUCCAUUUCUUGUAUACAUCUCCCCAGGCCAGUGUCUGUACCAAUGACACCCAUUCUGAUUAUUUUGUUCUGGAACGUGGGACACGCCAAGCCUGCCCACUGCCCCCUUUAUUAUUUGCCAUCACCAUUGAGCCCCUUUCAGUAGCUUUACGGGCAUCUUCCUCUUUCCAAGGUUUAACACGGGAAGGAGUUGAACAUAGGUUAUCAUUAUAUGCAGAUGAUUUGUUACUCUAUGUAAAUAACCCUGUAACCUGUUUACCUUUUAUCCUUUCUAUUCUGGAGAACUUUGUCUCCUUCUCCGGUUACAACCUGAAUCUCUGGAAAAGUGAGUGCUUCCCAAUCAAUCCAGCAGCGCUACAGCGCCAGCAGAUAGAUUUGCUCUUUCAGGUUAGCCGCUCUGGUUUCAAAUACCUUGGAGUGAACGUAACUCGUUCAUUGCUCUUUUUUCUGCAAACUUUCCUCCCCUUCUUGCGCAAAUGAAAACUGAUUUUCAGAGAUGAGGUAGCUUACCACUAUCACUUAUAGGGAGGAUUAAUGCUGUAAAAAUUAACAGUUUACCCAAAUUCUAUUUCAAUCUAUCCCAUUGUUUUUACCAAAGUGUUUUGUUUUUAAGUCAAUCAAUCAGGCGGUUACCACAUUUAUCUGGGGAGGAAAGGUACCCAGAGUCAAUAGAUCUUUACUUCAGAGAUGCAAGUUUAGUGGAGGGCUGGCACUACCCAACGUUUUAUUCUAUUACUGGGCAGCCAGCUUUCAGAAAUUGCCAUUCUGGUUACAUGCUCCAGAUACCCCAAGGUGCCACCUAAAGGCACAUUCUUGUAUUUUUGCUUCUCUUCUUGCAUUACUCUGCUCUUCUCUCCCAACAUCCCCCUCUCGCUAUACUCGCAAACCUGUAGUGCUUUCCACACUUAAGAUUUGAUACCAGUUUCAACGGUAUUUUAAAUUCUCCUCUGCAUCUACUAUGGGUCCUAUUGAUAGGAAUCACUUAUUCCCGCUUCUCUAAUUGAUAAUGCUUUCUCUCACUGGACGAGGAAAGGUAUUAAAGUCCUUCCAAGACUUAUAUGUAAAUUGAUUUUUUUCUAGUUUUCCCAACCUGGUCUCUAAAUACUCUUUGCCUCCAUCUCACUUUUUCCGUUACCUUCAAAUUAGGCACUGUGUCUCCUCCAAAUUAUCUGGCUUCCCUGCUCCACCCCCUUGCCAACCCUGGGAUGGUAUAUUGACUCUUUUACCUCGACAGAAAGCAGUCAUUUCUCAGAUCUAUCUGUGUAUUUUGUCAUGGGACAAACACUCCACUAACAAAACUAUAUCUGCUUGGGAACGGGAAAUGGGUGUUGAAUUUACACAGGAGUGGUGGGACGAGGCUAUUGAUAGGGUACGCUCCAUUACAUCUUGUGCUCAUCUUGGUCUCAUACAAUUUAAGGUUUUACAUAGAGUGCAUUUUUCAAAAUCCAUAUUGUCUGAAAUAUAUCCAAAUGUAAAUGAUGAGUGUGAUAGAUGUCGUGUCUCACCAUAUGACCUUAGUCACAUGUUCGUUCAAUGCUCUAAACUACAAAAUUACCGGGAUUCUAUUUUUAAAACUUUAUCUGAGGUGCAUGAAAUGAACCUGCAGCCAUGUACCUUGAUAGCUGUUUUUGUUAUUCCAGGAGACUUGUUCUGCUUGGAUCCCAAACAUGCCAAUGUUGUUGCUUUUUACAUCCUUAUUAGCUCGACGUAGAAUUCUUCUCCAGUGGAAGUCUGUUCAGCCCCCCUCUACUUCUCAAUGAUUCAAUGAUGUAAUGUUCUUACAUUUUAGUCAAUAAGCUUUAGAAAAUUAAGUAUUCUCUUAAGGGUUCCAAUGAUAUGUUUGUUAGAAAAUGGCAACCAUUUAUAUCAUACUUCAAUGGCUUGCAGAGGCUCCCCUCUGAUGAGAUGCUUUAAGGUUUCCCAGUAGGCAUUACCAGUAGUCAUUACAUAAUAGGUACGGUCAUCAAUAUAAUGUUAUUCAGUCCAAGCACGUUUGUCUAAGGUUUACUGAUCAUUUAUUUAUUUCUGUUUUUGUAUUUUGAAUCUGUAUUGAGUUAAUUUGUAUAUCCCCCCCCUGUAUUCUUCAUUGUUUAUUUGUUGUGAUAUCUCUGUAGAAUUGUUGUUUUCUAGGACCGAAUUGAG